AAAUAUUUUGGAGCAUUUAGCUAAGUUGGAAACCCUGUAAACGAGUUAUUUUGUAUAGAAAACAUUACCCUUGAAUUUCAAUUAUAUCGGCAUUUAAGCAGAUAAAUAAGCAAUAAUUAAACAUGUCUGAUGAUGAAUCAAAGAUGAAGGUUGCGGGCCACAAACCAGCAGUAAAAGCAGGUGGAAUGCGAAUUGUUCAGCAUAAGAAUCCAAGCACUGAAAGACCAGGAAAGGAUCCAGUUGAAGUUAUUGGAUUGGCUCAAAAUAAUCCAUUAGAUACCGCAGUGCAAUUAUCGAGCUCUCCAACCCAAAAAUCUUUAAUUGAUACAGGUAGUCACGUAGCACAUCAACAAAAACCACCAGCUAAUGUUCCUAGCAAGCCAUUGAAUAACAUUCAACAACCAAGAAAAUGAUUUCCUGAAUUUCAUUCACGAUUUUCAUUUUGUGCAAGAAAUAUACUUUAUGCAUUUUUGAUGAAUUAUGUUCCAUUUUUUAAGUAUU